AUGACGACUGUUCCACAAAUAACAUGCACACAACGACGCCUAAAGCUUGCGUGCCUUUAUAUUGCUACAUACAUAAUGAACGUGUCUGACUUUUUUAUGGCAGAGCUUGGCAUUCGCUGGAGCAUUGCAGUAAAGGCAGACGUUUUAAUGGUCCUUCCCAAGGAUAAAGAAAGGAAGAAAUCCCGUCGAGAUUACAGAGAGAAAAAGACAAAGCAUAUAAUUGUUCCAGAUACAAUAGAUUUUGUUGAGAAGAGAAAGCUCUGCGAGGAGGAAACUGUCGACCGUGGAUCGGAUCUUUGCAUGUAUAUUGUCACCUGGAAUAUGAAUGGCAAGGUUGCUUGUCAUGACUUGGUUAAGCUUCUAGGAAGAAAAAGAGAGAACUUUGACUUUUAUGUGGUGGGAUUACAAGAAGCUCCCCAUGGAGAUAUUGCUUCUCUUAUUCAAAAGGCUCUUGGUCACGAUUACAGUAAGGUUAGCAUAGCGAUAAUACAAUCAUUGCAACUAUACAUUUUUGGAAAGAAAUAUUGGGAUCCCUUAAUUAGAGAUGUAAGAGUGGAUAAAAUUAGAAGCGGUGGCUUAGGUGGUGUAGUGAGACGACAGAAAGGUGCUGUCGCGAUUUCCUUCCACUUCAUACAUGCCUCUUUCAUCUUCAUAUCCUGCCAUCUUGCCCCCCAUGAGAAUAAUGUAGAAGAACGCAAUUCUCAAUACCAACGUAUUAGCCAAACUAUCUUCUCAGACUCACAAAAAAGAAUGCAAAUAAAUCCCCUUGGCUUCCCAAAAAAGGAAACCAAAGUCAUAACUCCAACUUCUCUUGAAACAUCUGACAUGGUGGUCUGGUUGGGUGAUCUCAACUACCGAGUGGAGGGAUCCAGAAAAUCAGUUGCUUUUCUCAUCAAUCAAAACUUGCAGCAGCUGCAAGCAAAAGACCAACUUUCUCGAGAAGCGAAAAAGGGAGAAAUUUUUCAUGGCUUCUGCGAAGGGCCACUAUCAUUUCGACCCACUUACAAAUAUGAUAUUGGUACAGAUAACUAUGACACAAGUGCAAAGAGGAGAGUUCCAUCUUGGACAGACAGAAUUCUGUACAAAAUAAAUUCCCCAGCUAUUAUGAAAGCCCACGUGGAGGAGUACGACUGUAUCGAGUCGAUCAAGGGGUCUGAUCACAGGCCUGUAAAAGUUCAUCUCUAUAUCAAAUUUAGGCGGCCGCUCAUGCAUGCAUUAAAUGAGCAGCUUUCUCACACAGCGUAUUCUCUGUUUAAAAAUUGUAUGUAA